ACGGACCACAACCUCAGCAACCUGGCCAAACGCUCCUCCACAUCCUCGGUCCGCCCGCCAGCCAAUCAGCGAGCCCGCGCCGCCGCCGCGUCCAAUCGCCGAACGCCAGCCGCCGGACGUCAGCCAAUCAGCAGCGCCGUCUCAGCCGCUCAGCCAAUCAGCGGCCUGGACACACCCACCGGCGCUGGAGGAAAUCAGCUCCGCCACCGCGUCACCGCUCGCCGCACGGCAGCUUCCGCGCAACAAACGUCCCACACAACCACAUCAACAAGUCGCCGGAGCAGCAACCUACGCCGCGAGCCGACCCAUCAGAACACGCCGCGGCCGGAGACACCUAGCGGCCGGCAGGCGAAGCUCAAGUGUCGCCCGGCGCCGCUAGGUGACGGCACGGUGCGCACAUACCCGAUUGACGAACCGUGCUGCGCGCCGCCUCAUUUGUGCAGAGAGCACGCGCGGCUGGCCCCGGCCGCCGCCGACCGACGGGCGGACUCCGUCGGAGAGGAUUCCGAGAGUGAGGCGUCGUCGGUGCCAUCUGAGAACGAAUCAGAGCCAGCCAAAGGGUCGGCCCCGCCCCCUACGACCAGCGCCAGCCAAUCAGCGUCCGGCGCGCCGUCCAACGACCAAUCAGGAGGCGGCUGGUUCGGCGGCCUCUUCAGUCGGCUGGGCAAACCCAAAAACCAGAUGAAACUGCCCGACGAUAAGGAUAAAUCGAUCGUGUACGACCCGGCCACCAAGCGAUGGGUGGACAAGGACGCGGGGCCCGACGACGGGCCUCAGGCGCCCGCCGCGCCCCCAUCCGACAGUCAGCUGUUGGGCGGGGGCGGCGGCGGCAACAAGUUCAAGAUCCCCAAGGGUCGCGGUAUGCGCUCCAACUACGUGGAUGUGUUUGGCGGCUCCGGAUCCGCAUCUGGACCCGGUGGUGGAUCCGGACCCAGCGCUGGACCCGCCAGUCUGCCCCCACUGGUUCCCAGUCCAGGACCAAUUCCACCUGCUGAUGGAUCCGGUAUGGAUGCUCAGCCACCGGCGCCCGGCGACUGCGCGCCCCCGCAGGGAGCAGCUCCUCCCAUGUUCAACCCUGGACAGAUGGCCGGAGCUCCAGCGCCCGUCAGUGCCCCGCGCGGACGACUGAACCGAUAUGGCCGCCGGUGAGCCGCCUGGGAACCCCGCGUGACCCGCGCUGACCUCGGGUCAUGACCCCAGACACGGGGCAGCCAGGUCGGACCCGGCCCGGUGCCAAUAGCGAAUCGAACGGACGGACGGACCUUGUCCCGGUGGAGUGGUUGCAGUGAGACGACAUAAACUAUGCCCCGAGGGGCUCAGAGACACUAUAUUUCCUGUUAUUGGUGAUGAGAGUGCAUAGAGGACGCCGGGGAGCCUUGUGCAGGGGACGGAUGUGAGUGAACUGGCGUCCCCAUAUACUUAUAGCCACUUGUGACGGUGUGUGCAUGGGAGGGUGUCCAGAGCCGGCAGGGGGCUCCCGUGGUCCAACUGGCCCCCACAGCGGCCGGAGACAGAGGUAAUGGUUGUGAGGGUGCACAUUAAUGGUUAUUUAUGUUAAUGAAUGCUGAUUGGUGGCCACGCGCCAGCCCUGAAUGCUGAUUGGUUGACGCGCACCGGCCCUGAAUGCUGAUUGGUUGCCGCGGGCGCCGCCCGGUCGCCGGCCGCCUGCGCGCGGCCGGAUACUGUGCCGCCGGGCCGCCAUAUAGCCGCCCUCAGUUAGGUGGCGUUUGAUUGGUCGCUGAGGUGGUACGCUGUGUCUGAUUGGCUGUCGUGCCGGCCGGCAAUGUUCCAUGUGUGGCGGGGGUCUGGUUACUGCCCGACGGCGGCCGGCGAGUUUUCAAAUGGCGGCACCUGAUUGGCGGGCUCCGCCGCGGCUCGCGAGUUGAUUGGCCGUCGUUGGCUCAUUAGUAUAGUAGACGCCUGGGUUGUGGUUUCUCGGUAUGUGUGGUGGCUCACUACGUAUAUCCUGAUGCAUAUGGCUAUAAUAAAAGGGGAAAAUCGCA